CCCAUUUUUUGCUGCAGAUACGUGAUGCAAUGAUGACAUAGACAGACCAGUCGCUAUAUUAAAAGGAUCUCAAACCCAGGCCAUUCGUAUUUUCUGGAAACACUGUGCUCAAAGAACUGAGACAACAAUACAGAUCUGCUAUCGACGAAGUAUCUAGAAAGAAAGAUGAAUUGCGGCAUGUUGAUAACGCUUUUCCUUUGCACAAUGUGCUGUUAUGCAGAUCAACGAUUGCACGUUUCGAAAGAGUUGGAGUUACUUCGAAAAUAUUCGAAGGUGAAGCCUUUUCAAGACAAAGACCAUCAAAGAACUCGAUAAAGAGUUAUAUUGCCUUCGAUAACCGUAGCGGUGAUAAAGUCAAGUUGUACUAUAGAGAUAAGACCAGCAAAAACAAAACAUGGAUCUUCUUUGAAGAACUGCCGAAAGAAAGUACAUGAAUGUCGAUACGUUUGUCAGCGACAGAUGGAAAGCAACAGAUGACAGAAACAUUUGUUUGUACAUGAACGGAAAGCGAAAAAUUAAACCUAACAGCAACAAGCCAUUGAGCAGAAAUCUUUACAUCAUCAGCAGAAAACGAAAAAUACACGACAUACAUUUAUAUAUAAACACGUUGGUUGUUGUCGACAAGUCGAUUCGAAAUCAGUUUGGCAGCGUGAACAAAAUGCGGAAACAUGUUAAAACCUUGAUGAAAUCUGCUGCAAAACAUUACCUUCACGAAAGCCUGACUCGAUAUCAUUUGAGGAUUCACUUGGUUCUAAGUAAGAUUGUCCUUCUAAAGAGAGAAAUAAAGUUCGAUCCUUCGAAAGAAGGCAUACUCGAUUUUGCCUGCUCAAUCAUGAAUCGCAUCGAGAAAAGGGAAGAACGAACAUUUGAUCAUAAAUUAUUUUUAACAAGAAAUGAAUUUGGAUCGGGAGGAUUGGGACGAGGAAAUGGGAUGUGUGAUCGAAACCAAAGUUGUUCAAUGGCUCGUGAUGAUUAUUCCUCAGUGAUAAUUGCUCACGAAAUAGCACAUACAUUCGGAGUUAAUCACGAUAAAUAUUUUGAAAACUCACAGGAAAUCAUGUCCCCGGAACUUAACAACAGAAUCAGUGAUCCUCAUUGGUCAAUUCAAAGUAGAAACUCCCUGAUACGACUUGCAAAACGUUACAGUUGCAUUGAUAAGACGAAAACGUCAAAUGGAUGGCACUAUAACAACGAUGGAUUAAAUAUCUAGUGACAUCAAGUUAUACACGAAUGGAAGAUAUGUCAAAUGAAAAGGGAAAACUUGUGAUAAAUAAAAUUGUCAAUGGACAACUUAUUUGAUACUUUAUGUAAAUACGUACGCAAGAAAUGUGUAAUAAAGAUUUUGCUCAUAUGAGAAAUCCA